GUAGAGACACAUCCAGGGACGGCCCUCGUAUCCAAUUGCGAAAACUCCAGCCGCAGGCUGAGCGGGCCAUCACCGCCAAGCAUGCUGCGUCCCCUUGCAUGCUCGACCACAACUCAUUCACACGAUCCAUCCGCUCAAUCAAACCUCACAGAUGGUUUGAAACUCCAAUAUGCAGGCGCCCACGCGCUCGAUUUCGCUGCGGGAGCCUCGCAGGCAGUAUCGCGCGUCCGUCGACUAGCAGGUCCAGCGCGACGGCGACCUCCGUUGUAUCCGAAGCAGUCGCACCCGCGAAAGAGUCUACGCGAACUGCCGUUGCUCACGGCCAAGCCAGGACACAAGGGAACCCGUCAUCGGUUGAUAAUACUAAGGCUGGGAGUGCGCUGAAUCGGACAAGAUCUCAAUUACCGCAACGACGUGGCUCGCUGUUGGGAGAUGGGCCGGCUAGUGCUGCCCGUCUACGAUCUCAGGAGCACCAACAACUGCUGCAGCAGUCGAGAGCAAAUACUACUCAGACUACUCAGCAGUCAAAAGAAUUGCCGCUUGCCGCUCGUCGGAAGAGUUUGAUUCGUCCCCCGGAAUUGAGGAUACCUUCGAAAACCGCCGUGUCUACGUCUAGGAAUACAUCGGAUUCAUCGCCGUUAUCACCACGAAAGUCACAGCCGGCAACUCCCAGAAAUGCUCCUCCCUCGCCUCGAAAGCCGGAUAUGCCUCCACCGCGCUCUACGCGGUCGAGUUCCCUACGACAGCCGCUUGUCAGCUCUGGAUUCGGGAGUAGUACUACGGUCCCUGCGGUUUAUUCCCGACAUCAUAGCCAGACGGUAAGAGCGCAGACUACUACGAAUCAUCCUGCGAAACAAACCGAUGCUACUGCUGCUUCGUCAUCGACGACGAUAACACAACGGGUAAGACCGCGGUUUAAUACUUUCCAGCAAAGCUUCUCUCCGAAGAAAACAGUCAAACCGCCUACUCCAAUGACAUCUGAUGGAAGCGCUCGCCUGGGAUCGGAUGAUUCUUCGUUGAUACCAUCCUCAUGGCCGGAGAUUGCAGCGCUGCAAACCGAAAUCCUGCAACUAAGCUUGUUUCAUUCAUCCUAUCUGCAACAGAAUGCCGAGUGGCAAGCUAACGCGGAGGCCUCCCUGCGGAAAAAGUAUGACUUGGUAGCUGAAGCCUACCGUUCUACUUUGGCUGAGGAAAAAGAAACCCAGCGACGCCUCAACAUCCAUGCUCUCAACCUGUGGUUUGAGAAUAGCCGCGAGAACCAUCGUGGGCCGAGGUUCUCGGAACAGAUCCAGACCCUCUCCAGCAUUGUACAGGAUGUGUCUGACUUAUCGGAUAAGUCAGGGAAGUACGCACAAGCUGUUCGAGUGUUCGAGGACUGGUUUGAGGAGGCUUAUCAGAUCCGACAACGUCGCGAUCAGUCCGAUCAGGGGACCGGAAUCAAGGAAGUGGCGGUCUUUAUUGACCCUCUUGAGGUCUCCUGGAAGAAGGAACUCUAUGCCCUGACGACAAGGCUUGAGUUAUGUGCCAGACAGUUACAGGAUCUUGAUAUUCUGGGGCAUGGGGCAGCAGAUGCUGACGAAGGACGUCGGCUGAAUCACGACUCCGCCUUGGUACGAAUCGUCAUGGGUCUUGGUGAGAUGAUUACCUUGAUGGUGGACGAGCUCAAUACUAUGCAGACGAUCGAGCGUGAUAUUGUCCGGUCGGAAAGGGAAUGGGUAAGUCGGCAGACUGAGCAGUUAUUGGCAUCUCCACUGGAACCAGAAGACAGAAUGGGCAUAUGGAAGACCGUGUUGAAGUAGCCUGAAGCGUAGGCGACAUUAUGUUGCUACUCCUCGCAGUAGAUAUUCAUGAGUGUACGAUACAUAGCAUAGCAUCG